AUGAAGAGACCAACAGUUAACCCGACGUCCUUCAAGCAAAAAUUCAAGGACAACAAUUAUAACAAUAACGAGGAGGCAAUAUACGACUACGAGGACGGAUUGAGUAUCGCUAUGAUUAAAGAAUUUGAAAAAUCCUCCUUUUUUCCAAGUAAGUCCGAUCUGGCUUCUUGUCUUCUUAAAACUGGUAACCGCAAUAACGUUUUAUUGUCAAAGUUUAAAGAGUGGCAGGAAAGCUCAAAAGGAGACGCGAUAUUUAACUACCAA